UGAUAACCUGAUAACUGACAUUUAAAUAUAACCCUAAAAGUUAUGAACAUUAACAUUAUUAUUUUGGCUCAAAAGGUUAAAAUAAAUUUUAUCCACAGGUCAUUUAGUCAGUUUAAUUUCUGUAAUAUGGUGAAAUACCUUGGACAAGAAGAGGCUAUCAAGAUAGACCAAGAACUGUUUAAUGAAUACCGAUUCUCUGUUGAUCAAUUAACGGAAUUGGCUGGUUUAAGUUGUGCUACAGCCAUAGCCAAAUCAUAUCCUAAGGAACAGAUUGCUGACAAAUCAAUACUCGUAUGUUGCGGACCUGGUAAUAAUGGCGGAGAUGGCUUAGUUUGUGCAAGGCAUUUAAAAUUAUUCGAGUAUAACCCUAUAGUAUACUACCCAAAAAGAACUGAUAAAGAACUAUAUCAUAAUCUCACUCACCAGGUUGCUUCAAUGAAUAUACCCAUUACAGAGUGUUUACCAGAGAAAUCCACUGUUGAUACUCAGUUCGGACUAAUUGUUGAUGCUUUGUUCGGAUUCAGUUUUAAGCCGCCUAUACGAGAUACAUUUGUGCCUGUAGUAAAUCUCAUGAAGAUGACAAGUGUUCCAAUCGCCAGUGUCGAUAUUCCAAGUGGGUGGGAUGUAGAGCAAGGCGAACCAGAAGGUGGAGGUAUUAAACCUGAACUAUUAAUAUCUCUAACUGCACCGAAAAAAUGUGCACAAAAAUUUCGAGGAAAAUAUCACUAUUUAGGGGGUCGUUUUGUACCGCCAAAACUUGCAGAAAAGUAUGAAUUAAAUUUACCAAAGUAUCCGGGAACUGAGUGUAGCGUAUUGCUUUAAUAAUCAUUAGGAUUUAAGUGUUUUAUUGAUUCUAGGGUUGAUUUUUUUUAUGUAUUUUUUUAUGUAUGUACUAGCAAAAAAUGCUUUUUCGGGGUUCCGUUGUUUCUUAAUCUAUAAUUUAAAAUGUGAUUGUUAUUCAUUAUGUAAAAUGGAUGAUAAAUUGUAAAGUGUAAGUAUAAUACAUCGUGGACUGUAAAUUUUCUAUCAAACACAAAUAAAAAAAAAUUAUAGAUCAUA